AUGGCCGGCCAGUGCAAAGGCACUGAGGCAGGAGAGUGCCUGGUGCUCAGAAUGAAUGAGGGAAUCCACCCUAGUCCCCAGCCCCCACCCGCCGCUGCCUUUCUGACAGCCUCCUUCCUGGAGCCCCGCAUCCAGCCUGGGACGGUGCCCGACCCCUGCUCCGCCCCCGACACAUGCUGCUCGCCCCGCACACUUGUGCUGUCACUCAGCCGGGUCCUGUCCCAGCAGAAGGCGUCGCUCCCGCCGCCGGACGCUCGGCCCGCUGCCCGCCGCCGGCCCAUGGACGCCGCGCUCCUCCUCGCCCUCGGGCUGCUGGCCCAGAGCCUGUGCCUGUCAGUGGGGGUCCCCGGGCUGAGGAGGCCGCAUACCCUGUACCCCUGGCACCGGAUGCCGGCACCGGGCCGCGUGCGGAGAGCCUGGGUCAUCCCUCCCAUCAGUGUGUCCGAGAACCACAAGCGCCUGCCCUUCCCCCUGGUGCAGAUCAAGUCGGACAGGCAGCAGCUGGGCAGCAUCAUCUACAGCAUCCAGGGGCCCGGCGUGGACGAGGAGCCCCGGGGGAUCUUCUCCAUAGACAAGUUCACAGGGAAGGUGUCCCUGAAUGCCGUGCUGGACCGAGAGAAGACAGACCGCUUCAGGCUCAGGGCCUUUGCUCUGGACCUGGGGGGGUCCACCCUGGAGGAGCCCACGGACCUGGAGAUUGUGGUUGUGGACCAGAACGACAACCGGCCUGUCUUCCGGCAGGAGGUGUUCACUGGCCGGGUGCUGGAGGGCGCCGUCCCAGGAACCUACGUGACCAGGGCUGAGGCCACGGAUGCGGACGACCCGGAGACGGACAACGCGGCCCUGCGAUACUCCAUUCUGGAGCAGGGCGGCCCUCAGCUCUUCAGCAUUGACCCGCACACGGGGGAGAUCCGCACGGUUCAAGUGGGCCUGGACCGCGAGGCGGUCGCCGUGUACAACCUGACCCUGCAGGUGGCGGACAUGUCUGGAGACGGCCUCACCGCCACUGCCUUGGCCGUCAUCACCCUGGAGGAUGUCAACGACAACGCCCCCGAGUUCACCAGGGCUCAGUUCUUCCUGGAGGCCACAGAGGCCGUCAGCGGAGUGGACGUGGGGCGGCUGGAGGUAGAGGACCGGGACCUGCCCGGCUCCCCCAACUGGGUGGCCAGGUUCACCAUCCUGGAGGGCGACCCUGACGGGCAGUUCGCCAUCCGCACCGACCCCAGGACCAACGAGGGUGUGCUGUCUGUGGUGAAGCCGCUGGACUACGAGAGUCGGGAGCACUACGACCUCAAAGUGGCGGCGCAGAACGAGGCUCCCCUGCAGGCGGCGGCCCCCAGGGCCGAGCGGGGCCAGGCCAGGGUCAGCGUGCAGGUGCGGGAUGUCAACGAGGCGCCCGUGUUCCAGCAGAACCCACUGCGGACCAGCCUGGCCGAGGGGGCGGCCCCAGGAACCCCCGUGGCCACCUUCUCUGCCCGAGACCCUGACACACAGCAGCCGCAGAGGCUCAGCUACUCCAAGGACUAUGACCCUGAAGACUGGCUGCAAGUGGACGGGGCCACUGGCCGGGUCCAGACCCAGCGCGUGCUCAGCCCCGCAUCCCCCUUCCUCAAGGACGGCUGGUACAGGGCCAUCAUCCUGGCCCGAGAUGAUGGUGAGCGUGGAGCUCGGCCUGGGUUCCAGGGCUCCCUGACCCUGGCUGGGGCCCCUGCUGCUGCCCAAGGGCUGAGAGCGGGUGCUCCACCGAGCAGACUUAAGGGGUGGGUGGGGGCUCUGCAGGGGCAAGGGCCCACCAGGCCUCUCCUGCUUGCAGCCUCCCCACCCAGCACGGCCACAGGGACCCUGUCUGUUGAGAUCCUGGAGGUCAACGACCACGCCCCUGAACUGUCCCCGCCGUGGGGCAGCCUGUGCAGCACACCAGAGCAGGGCUCCGGUCUUCUCUUGGGGGCCACGGAUGAGGACCUGCCCCCCCACGGGGCCCCCUUCCACUUCCAGCUGAGCCCCAGGCUCCCAGAGCUGGCCCGGAACUGGAGCCUCAGCCAGGUUAACGUGAGCCACGCGCGCCUGCGGCCCAGGCUCCAGGUCCAGGAGGGGCUGCACCGUCUGAGCCUGCUGCUCCAGGACUCGGGACAGCCGCCCCAGCAGCGCGAGCAGCCCCUGAACGUGACCGUGUGCCGCUGCGGCCUGGACGGCGCCUGCCUGCCGGGGGCCGCUGCGCUGCGGGCGGGUGGCGCGGGCAUCAGCCUGGGCGCCCUGGUCAUCGUGCUGGCCAGUGUCAUCCUGCUGCUCUUGCUCGCCCUGCUGGUGGCCCUCCUGGUGCGGUGCCGGCAGCAGUCGUGUGACAAGAGGCUUUUGCACGGGCUGCAGGACGACCUUCGGGACAACAUCCUCAACUACGACGAGCAGGGGGGCGGGGAGGAGGACCAGGAUGCCUAUGACAUGGACCAGCUGCGCCACCCGGCAGAGCUGGCGGCCCUGGGCGCCCCGCUGGGACGGCCUUCUCUGCGCAGAGACGCCCCGUUCGGCCGAUCGCACCCCCAGGCCCCCCGCGUGCUGCCCACCAGCCCCUCUGACAUCGCUGACUUCAUCAACGAGGGCUUAGAGGCCGUGGACAGCGACCCCGCCGUCCCUCCCUACGACACGGCUCUCAUCUAUGACUACGAGGGGGACGGAUCCGUGGCAGGCACGCUGAGCUCCAUCCUGUCCAGCCUGGGUGAUGAGGACGCAGACUACAGCUGCCUCUGGGACUGGGGGCCCCGCUUUGCCCGGCUGGCCGACUUGUACGGGCCCCGUGAGGGCACCAGGGAAGAGGCUUUCUGAUGGGGACCUGCACCCACCCUGCUGAGGGCACAGCCUCCCGGACACAGGGCAGACCACAGGCGCUUGAGCGGACACGCCGGACUCGGCUGUGUGUCGAGAUGGACAGAGGGCCCUGCGCCCCACCCUGCCCCGUCUCAGCCAGGGGAAGUAAGGGUCCAAAGCCUAGAGUGGAGUGGCCAGAAGGAGGCGCCCCUCCUGCCCCGUCAGUUGCCUCCAAUGGGGUCAGAGGCCCCAUUCCCAGCUCUGCUUCCCACCCACGCUGAUCUCAUCUCUGUAUGAAAGGAAGCAGCUCUCGGGCAAACGUGAAUUAAAAACGUGCUCAUCUCUCCAA